AUGAGAAGAUUCAACAACACUUUCCAUCACCUCAGUGGCUUUGUUCUAGUAGGUUUCUCUGAAUGGCCCAAACUAGAAAUGUUUCUUUUUGUGAUCAUCUCUACCUUCUAUAUAUUGACCCUUCUUGGAAAUUCAGCUAUCAUUUUCUUGCCCCACUUUGACACCAGACUCCACACCCCCAUGUAUUUCUUUCUGGCUAAUAUCUCCUUUUUGGACCUCUGCUAUACAACUUCCACAGUCCCCGAGAUGCUGAUAAAUAUACACAAUCACAAAAGAAGCAUCAGCUACGUGGGAUGUAUAGCUCAACUUUUCAUCUUCCUAGGUCUAGGAUUUAGUGAAUGUGUACUUCUCUCAGUAAUGGCAUUUGAUCAAUAUGUAGCUAUCUGCCAGCCUCUCCACUACACAGUUAUCAUGCAUUCUUGGCUAUGCCAACAACUAGCAACAGUGACUUGGAUAAUAGGUUUCAGCAACUCCUUGGUGCAAACAGUAUUGACUUUCUUAUUACCUCGCUGUGGCCAAUAUCGAGUAGAGAGUUUCUUCUGUGAGGUACCUGCCAUGCUUCAAUUAUCAUGUGUGGAUACAUGGAUCAAUGAGGUGGAGAUGUAUGUAGCUGUGAUUGUCAUAAAGGUUAUUCCUGUUGGAUUAAUUCUUUUCUCUUGCAUCAACAUUUUCAGAGCAAUAGUAAGGAUUCAGUCUUCUGAAGGUCGAAAGAAGGCCUUCAACACAUGUGGGUCUCAUCUUCUGGUGGUCAUCAUGUUCUAUGGCUCUGCCAUUAGUGGUUAUGCAUAUAUGGCACCCAAGAGUAACUCGGCCAAAUUGAAGGGCAAGCUUCUUGCACUCUUCUAUGGACUCAUAACUCCAAUGCUCAAUCCCCUUAUCUACACUUUAAGAAAUAAGGAUGUUAAGAGAGCAAUAAACAAGCUACUAGGGAGAGAACAAGAACAAGGGUGGAACAUGGCUUAG